AUGAUGAUGAUGGAUUGCCACCAACCGCACUCACAAACCAACCUCACGAGCAGAGGCAGGUCAGCUCAGACUCUCACCAACCAGCUUCUCAUUGCCAAUAAAAACAUAUAGCCAUCAAAAGUAUCCACCCUAUCUGCAGAGCAUCCUCAAGAACACAACGUCCCCCAUGGAAAGCGGUGGGAAUGAGAUCUGCCGGGCGCCGCCGCUGGAGGCGCUGCUGUUCGACAUCGACGGCACCAUGUGCGUGUCCGACCCGUUCCACCACCGCGCCUUCUCGGAGCUCCUCCAGAACCUGGGCUACAACGGCGGGGCGCCCAUCACGCCAGAGUUCGGCAUGGCGCACAUGGCCGGCCGCAGCAACGAGCAGAUCGGCCGCUUCCUGUUCCCGGACUGGCCGCAGCCCCGCCUCGACGCCUUCUUCGCCGAGAAGGAGGCCCUCUUCGCGCGGUACGCCGGCGAGGGGCUCCGGGAGGUGCCUGGGCUGGCGGAGCUGUGCCGGUGGGCGCGGGAGCGCGGGCUGAAGCGGGCGGCAGUCACCAACGCGCCGCGCGCCAACGCCGAGCUCAUGAUCGGGAUCCUCGGCCUGGCCGACUUCUUCCAGCUCGUCGUCGCCGGCGAGGACUGUGGCGAGGGACGCUCCAAGCCCUGCCCCGACCCAUACCUCCGCGCGCUCGCCCUGCUCGGCGCGUCGGCGGAGCGGUCUCUGGUGUUCGAGGACUCCGUCGUCGGCGUGCAGGCCGGCGUGGCCGCGGGGAUGCCGGUCGUGGCUAUCGCGAGCGAGAGCCGGGAGGCCAAGGUCGUCGCCGCCGGCGCGUCCAUGGUCGUCAGGGACUACCGCGACGCCAAGCUCUGGGCCGCGUUGGACGCCGCCGCCGGAGCUCCCAAGAUAGAUUCAGAGCUGAGCCUGAGCGCGGUGGAGCCUCCUGUUUCCGUUCCCGUGGAGAAUUGUUGAGCUAGAAUUCCAUUUCCUCUUUCCCUGCCAUAGAAGUGCAGAAUCCAGAUUCCAAAUUCUGUUCAGAACCAGAGAAACAAAUGAAAGUAAACCGUGGUUCAAAUUGA